ACUGACCAGAGACGCUACCUGCUCCAUCGUUCCACGAUUCCCCAAAUACGCCACCGAAACAACGCGUAAACGAUAUAUAUCAUUUUCAUCGCAUACAGAAGCAAAAGAGUACCAACAAUGCCGUUUGCGCAACUAGUACUGGGCAGUCCUGGAGCAGGGAAGAGCACAUACUGCGAUGGAAUGCACCAGUUUCUGAGCGCCAUUGGACGUGCCUGUUCCGUGGUCAACCUGGACCCUGCCAAUGAGAACGCCAACUAUCCCAAAGCCAUCGACAUUCGCAGUAUAGCGAAGCUUGAGGACAUUAUGGCGAGAGACAGGCUCGGGCCUAAUGGCGGAAUAUUGUACGCACUAGAAGAACUUGAACAUAACAUUGACUGGCUCGAAGAAGGUCUAAAAGAACUUGGAGAUGACUAUGUCAUUUUUGAUUGUCCAGGACAAGUUGAAUUAUACACGCACCACAGUUCUCUUCGCAAUAUCUUCUUGAGACUACAAAAGCUUGGUUAUCGGCUUGUCGUCGUCCACCUCUCCGACUCCUUCUGCUUGACUCAACCAUCGCUCUAUAUCUCGAAUCUCCUUCUGUCAUUGCGAGCCAUGCUCCAGAUGGACUUGCCUCACAUCAACGUUCUGAGCAAAAUCGACAAAGUCGCUUCCUAUGACCCUUUGCCUUUUAACCUUGACUUUUACACCGACGUACAAGAUGUAUCCUAUCUUAUGCCCUAUCUUGAGGAAGAGUCGCCCGUCAUGCGAAAUGAUAAGUUUGGGCGGCUCAAUGAGGCUGUGGCUAAUAUGAUAGAAAGUUACGGGUUGGUCCGUUUUGAGGUCCUGGCGGUUGAGAAUAAGAAGAGCAUGAUGCAUCUCCUGAGGGUGAUCGAUCGAGCUGGGGGGUAUGUCUUUGGUACAGCUGAAGGGGCCAACGACACUGUCUGGCAAGUAGCUAUGAGGAACGAGUCGUCUAUGCUAGGUGCUCUCGACAUUCAAGAACGAUGGGUCGAUCAAAAAGUCGAGUACGACAGGCUCGAGCAAGAGGAAGAGGUGUUGAGAGAGGGGGCAGACCAGCGUCAGGGGGCAGACCAGCGUCCGGGCGAAGAUUCAUCGUCUCUUCACAACUCUCAGGGCUUCCGAGGGUCGAGCGUACAUGAUCCCGAUUUUGGGGAUAUGAAUGUACCAGCCAACAGCGGGGUGAAGGUAGUGCGCAAAACUUCAACAUGAAUGAUACCCCUAAGCUGUCUUCAGCUUGAAUUAAGACGCUCUGCGAGUUCCAAUUCAUCGCUGUCGUCAUUGCAGGAUGUGCUUGGAAGCAUGAUAGGGAUUUCCCCUUUGCGAUCACGUAAGGAGCGAGCU